GGUGACUAAACCCUACACCCACGAAGGGCACUGAAUCUUCCUGCGAAAGCUUCAGUCUUUCUUCUCAGUUAACGCUAAACCCAACAAAUAAAACUCCAAGGUCAGAUACUGCAUAUUUAUUUUCAUCCAGCUUAAUUUCUCCUUUUGUUGCUUUUUAUGUAUAUUUGAUCACAGUGGUUAUGACCCAUUUGCAGAAACUUGGAAGAACAUCUAUUCUCAGAUGGGUUUCUUUAAAUUUAGUUGAAAAAUUCAUUUCCGUAUCAAAGACACCAUUUUGGCCAUCUGGGUCUGUUUACAUUGCUCAAAACUCUAGACUUUAUGGAACAAAAAGAGGGGUUGAGAAUGCGAAUAUUGAAAAUAAAGUUAGAAUUUCACCAGCUAGUAGUGAUUCUAAAUAUUUUAGUGAACUAUAUUCUGCUGCUUGGAAGGCAGCUCAAGCUGCAUUGUUGGAGUAUUUGCACUUGACUAGAAAUUUACAGUUCUUGGAUGCUGAGAAUAUGAGCAAAAACUCGCCUUAUUUUGUCGAAAGGUUAUUAAAAUGGGUGGAGGAGGAGUUGGAUUUGAAGGAGAUUAUUUCUCGGUUUUUGCGUUAUCAUCCUAUUAACGAAUUUGAGCCUUUCUUUGAGAGUAUAGGAUUGAAACCUAGUGAGUAUAGUCCUUUUCUUCCUCGCAAUUUGAUGUUCUUGAGUGACGAUGAUUUGUUGCUAGAGAACUAUUAUGUUUUGUGUAAUUAUGGUGUUGAGAGAAAAAAUAUAGGGAAGAUCUAUAAGGAGGCAAGGGACAUUUUUCAAUAUGAUUUUGGAGUUCUGUCAUCGAAGCUUCAAGCUUAUGAGAAACUGGGGCUUAGUCAGAGUAUUAUUGGUAAAGUUAUCGUCUAUAGUCCUUAUAUCUUGAUUGGGGAUGUAAAUAUGGAGUUUGUUAAGGUGUUAGAGACAUUGAAGAGUAUAGGGGUUAAAUUCAGUUUGAUUGAGGAGCACUCGAUGGACCAGAAUUCUUAUAAUUGGAGUAAUAUGCUUAGGCUUUUAAGCUUAUUUAGCGAGAUGGGAUUGUGUGAGAAGCAGUUAGGUAAAUUAAUCCGGCGGCAUCCAGGACUGCUCUUGGAGGGUUCAGGGGAUGGAGCACUUGCUCUGAUAGGACUUUUAUUAAAAUUUGGGUCUACUCUGGAUGAAGUUCGUUUGACUUUACUGCAGUCCCCACAAAUUCCAGUGGGAAGAUUUUUUACAAAUUUGAAGAAAUGCUUUAUGUUCUUUUUCGAGAUUGACAUGGAGAUGGAUGAGAUUGGUAAGAUUUUCCGAUCUCAUUCCAUGUUGCUGGGUACAUGUACUUUAAAGAGAACUAGUAGUAUUUUUCAGAUGUUGAAUGCUGGGAAGAAGCGACUUUGUGAAUACGUCCAGGAGAAUCCCAACAAUCUGAAAAUUCUAGUUAGGGGUUCAAAAAUUGAAAAAUUACCGAGGUCAAAAGAGAGAGCAAGAUCUCUAAUGGUGAAGGCUAAGUUGUUGGAGGACGUGGGAUUAAUACAGAAUCCAAAUGAAACAGAAAGAGUAGUCAAGCAUUUUCGAGGGACAGGAGAGGAGCUUCAGGAGAGAUUUGAUUGUAUUGUGAAUGCUGGCUUAGAUAGAGAGGAUGUUUCUGAAAUGAUUAGAGUGUCCCCUCAAAUUAUUAACCAGAAAAGGAAGGACAUUGAAGCAAAAAUCGAUUUUCUUGUGCAUGAUUUAGGUUAUCCCAUAUCAUCUUUAUUGCCAUUCCCAUCAUAUCUAAACUAUACAAUGCAGAAGAUCAAGCUUAGGUUAUCGAUGUAUAGUUGGCUUACGGAACAAGGAAAGGCAGAACCUAUGUUGGCCUUAAGAACUCUUAUGGAAUGCUCGGAUAACACCUUCAUUAAGCGAUAUGUAAAUCAGCAUCCGGAAGGCCCUCAAGUUUGGCCGGAUUUGAAGAAUGAAAUUUAUUCUGAGCAGUAGAAGUCUGUUCUUGUAGUUUGUAAUGUAUCAUUAAAAGUUUGUAUUUUAGUAGUUUAAACAAAUUCCUUGAAGAGACACGAUAAAAUACAUAAUAUAUCCAUUGUCACACUAAAGAACA